UGUUUUCUUAAUCAAACAAAAAAACGAUAAGCAAUCUUCUUCUUCUACUCCUAGUCAAACGCCUCCUAAUAAUAAUCAAAACCCUCCACCCGAAAAUCCGGAAAACUCAGCAGAAAAAAUUAAGGAGGAAUUAAAAAAAUACUUAAAAAUAGAUAACAGUUUUGAUUUGCCCACGGUCAUUUUUUUUGAUAAUGCUAAUGAUGAAGCACUUAUAGUUGCUAGUUGGGAAAAAACCGAAGUUGGCCGACCCAAGAAAAGAGGAAAAGCAAAAAAUAUUUCUCUGACUGGAAUGGCUGCCUCUGAUAUUCAAGAAAAGGCAAUUUAA